CUUCCACUAAAAAAAAAAGCGGCGGCGGCGGCGGUGUGGAGAAGAAAGGACGGACGGUGAGAUGGCGACCGCAGGGAUUUCCGAGGCAAGCAGUGGCGAGUAUUCGUGCUUAAGAGAGGAGCUCUAUGAGGCUGCAAUCUUCGUGCUUGAGAGUAUACGCCGGAUCCAUGCCGGGGAGAACUCGGCGGAUCACGAUAAUCUGUUGGACUUGAAAUCGGAUAUGCUCCAGUUGUCGGAAAAGAUCACCCAUCUUGCCGAUUCUGAGACUCGGAAGAUGGAAGGGUCUGAAGCAAAGGGCAUAAUCCGGCCAGCGAGAGCCGGCGACGAGAGCAAAUUGGUGCUGAUGCAGAGCAAUAUUGGCGGCGGUGGCAGCUUCAAAUAUGGUGUACUCGCGGGGCACUUCGAUGACCUGUGGGACGACAUGCGCCAGCUAGCCUCAACAGAAUCGAAAUUUCUAGCGAUAUGCAUGUUUUCCUGUGAGUCCUUCGUACGCUGCUGCUCCACAUUGAAGUUCAUCUCUGCAGUUAUCAACAGGCUUGGUAAUUGGGUGCCAGAAUUGUCAGUGGCAAUGAAAUCUAUAAAGGAAGAUGUCCCCAAAGAGGCGGGGGCUGUGGAUGUGGAUGAAGAUGGGGAUGUGGAUGAGGAUGGGGACGUGGACGAGUAUGAGGAGGAGAAGAAGGCCGAGGAGUAUUAUUUCGCUGCCCAUCGUAGAUGCUGGGAAAGUAUAUACAGCAAGGGUCGCAGCUUUGAAGACCCAACAAUAUUCAGCUCCAUGCACUUCACCCACUACAUGCCAGGCCACUCUGGCCAAACUCCAAUGGGUGCUAGAUUCUUGAGGACCAUGCAGAUCUACUCCAUCAAUGUCACAGAAACCGAAGGCUUCGCCCUUGAGUGGCCUCUGGAGGUAUACGGCGUGGUCGCUGCCCGAGACAUGGUGGACUACCGUCGCAACCUUCUCUUCCUUCGCACUAGGGAUGACUGCCAAAUCCUUACGAAAGAGAAUCCCUUUUUGCACUUGACUGGCCCGUCUCGUGCAAUUAUGUCUGGGGACACUGUUACAAUUGAAGCUGAUCUAAAGCUAAAGGGCACAGUAAGGUCCAAAGAUAGAGUACUGAUCAGUAAAGCCUUCCCUUCUCAUGGUGAUAAUUAUGGUGAUCGUCGUGAUACACUUCUCCUUAAGGGCCUUUGCACAAUAGAGUUACAGUGUCAGCAUCUUGAACAAUCAGUCCAAGCCACUAUCCUCAGUGUCAGUGUAGUACAUGGCUCAUUGCCUUGUGAAAAUGGCAUUGUUUGUUAUGCACUUCUUGAGGACAAAACUGAAGCCAUUUUGUUGCUUGAUUCACAAGCUGGAAAAAUGCCCAUUGAUGAAGAGGGUAAUCUAGAGCUGUCAAGGCAAGUUGUUUCUGUAAAAUCAAUGGGUAGGCUUACCAUUUUUAUAAAGGCCUUGUCAGCAUGUGGAGAAAUCAGUGGAAGUGUUGCCUUCAUACCCAAAUCCAGCAACGUGAGUCAAGAAAGCUGUUCCAUUGGUGGAUGUGAAGUGGAGAUAACUGUUGCUUGGUCCCUUCUUGUUGAAAGCCAGCAUGUUAUAGAGCUGAAGGGAUCUGCAGACCCUUACGAACAUGAAUUAAAUCCAUGUACUCCUCGGAUGAAACUUGAGGAAGACGCUUUUUGAAGAUGGGUUAGCAUGUUCACUUUGUGAAAAUUAAGUCAUGCACUUUGUCCCUUCAGUUAACUUAUCUGCUACUUAUAUUUUUGUAAUGUUUCA